GCGACUCACAGUUUGCGAGGGGUGGAAUGGAAACUCUUAUUCUUAAAAUCUGUGGAGUAACUGGAACGUUUUUUUUUUGCUUGCUUGCUAAAGAAUAAAGACGAACCAAUCAAGCAAUCACAGGAAAGUGUGGCAGCCAGCAGAUUUACUUUAGUUUUAGUGUGUUCGAUUCUCGACCAGGUUGACGAGACUCUGAUCGAGCCAAAAUAUUAAUUUGCCGUGUCUUGGUUUUGGUCUUCGUCCAGAACAGGCUAUUGUUUUAAAUACAAAAUGGAGGUUCGACAGCGACCUGUAGAGCAGGCGCAGGCCCAAGAACAUGUGGGGCCACCCCCACCACGACGAGAAGGGUACGGAUUCGGCCGAGGUUACGACCACGUUCGAACCAGACCGGACGGCUUGGGAAAAACCGGAACAUCUGGCACCCCCCAAAAAUUAUUCGCCAACUAUUUUAAAUUCCAGAUGAAGAAAACCAUCGAGUUUUUCCUUUACAAGGUCACAUUCUCCCCAGAAAUCGAAACGAUCGGAAAACGUUCCAAACUCCUCCACACCCUAGACGACCAGCUCGGCCCCUACUUAUUCGAGGGCGUCCAACUCUUCACGACACACAUCAUCCCUCCCGAACACAUGUCGCUGACCGCCUCCUUCCCCUCCCAUCCUGAACAAGAGUGGACCGUCACGAUCCAAUUUAUCCGCCCAUGCGACCCCGGAGAACCCGUCGUCACCCAGUUGUACAACGUUCUCGUCAAAUCCUGCCAAGAAAUCCACGGUCUCACCCGCCUCGGCCAGUACUAUUUCGACGCCACCCAGAAAAUCGACAUUCUCCACCACAAACUCCAACUUUGGCCGGGAUUCGUCACCUCGAUUCGUCAAAUGGAGGACGACGUCUUGUUCAACGUCGACCUGACGUUUAAGGUCUGCCGAACGGAAAGUGUUUACACGCUGAUUCGAAGUAUUCGAGACAGCACUCGGGGCGAUUUUCGGAAAGAGUGCGAAGCCGCGAUCGUCGGAAGUACGGUGAUGACCAUCUACAACUCGAGAACGUAUAAAAUCACGGGAAUCAAUUGGGAUCAACGACCGACCGACACUUUUGAAGCGAGGGUGAAAGGGGUCCUGACGCAGGUGUCGUUUUUACAGUAUUUUAAAAAGAAGGGGCUCGAUAUUCAACCGUCGCAGCCGAUGUUGGUGGUCGGACCGACGAAACGAGAUAUUCGUCGGGGGCAUACAGGGGAUAAGAUACUGCCGCCGGAUAUUUCUUACAAAACUGGGAUCGAUAAUGAGAUGAGGAGGAACUUUAAAUUGAUGAAGGAUUUGGCGACCCAUUUUCAUUUGCCGGCACAAGGAAGGAUUAAUCAGAUUGUGAAGUUUGUUCGGAGUAUGAUUGAAAAUCCGCUGGUGGGACAAUAUUUACUCCGUUGGGGAGCCCGGAUUCUGGGGGUUCCGGUAGACGUGCAGGGUCGUUUAUUGAGCCAGGAACUUAUUCGAUUUCUUGAUGGCCGUAAUUAUUCGCCUGGCGACGAUGCAGAUUGGACCGCAGCGUUGAGGAAUGAAAAGAUGUUCCUGGCAAUCCCCUUGAUCCACUGGGCCCUCAUGUACCCUCCCAGACAGUCGGAAAACAUUGACGCUUUGGUCACCAUGAUGCGCCAAGUCAGUCGUCAGAUUGGAUUUCAAGUUUCGCCGCCUUUGCCCAUACGACUGAAUAACGAUUCAAGAAACGAAUACGUAAAUCAGAUCAACGCCGUCGUGAAUAGUUUCAGUGGUCAGCAGGCCGAUCUCGCAAUGGUAUUUAUCGUUUUGCCGCAUGAAAACUCGGAUAUCUAUGCAGCAGUCAAAGUCCAAUGUACCAUCCAGCGCGGAAUUCCAUCGCAAUGUUUCUUGGCAAAGAACACGACAAGCCGGAAUCUUCGAUCAAUCUGCAUGAAAAUGCUCAUACAAAUGAACGCCAAGCUGGGUGGGCAACCGUGGGGCCUGGUCAAUCCGCUCGAGGGCCUGAUGGUUAUUGGCUUCGAUGUCCAUCAUGGAACUGGGCGAAGCUAUGGAGCACUUGCGGCCACAACGUCGGCAAAUUUGGCGUCGUAUUUCUCAACAGUUAUCACAUUGGAACAGGGGAAUAACAUGGGCGGUGAAAUCGGGGCGGCGAUGAUAAAAUGUUUAAAAGCGUAUGGAGCCCGGAACGGAGUUUUGCCGAGCAGGAUAAUUUUCUACCGUGACGGGGUCGGAGAUGGUCAACUUCGUGUUGUUGUCGACACUGAAGUGGAAGCUAUCAAAAGUGCUAUGGCCGAAGUUUACAAAAAUGCGAACCAAAUGUACCCCAAGUUUACGAUGAUCAUUGUAACGAGACGCAUUAACACGCGAAUCUUUCUCGCAACUGGAGAUAAAAAUUGCGUGCUAAACCCACUACCUGGCUCGGUUGUGGAUGAUGUGAUCACCUGCCCGGAAAAAUACGAUUUCUACCUUGUGGCACAGACGGCUAGACAGGGAACCGUGUCCCCCGUGGCGUUCAACGUCAUUUACGACACGUCUGGCCUGUCAGCGGACCAAAUGCAGCGUUUCACGUUCAAAGUGUGUCAUGGCUAUUUUAACUGGACGGGCACAGUUGCAGUUCCGGCGCCUUGUCAGUACGCCCGCAAAUUGUCCAUGCUGACCGGAACGGCCCUGCUGAACGAGGCGAAUACCGCAUUGCUGAAUAAUCUACAUUUUCUCUGAAAUUAUGUAUUUAACUGACUUUAUGAAUGAAUCAUUGACAUGUAAAAUUCUUAUUUAUUUAGUGAUUUAGAAGAUACGUAGAUUAGUGUAGAGUUUUUUUUAGUGGGGGUGACGACAAAACUUGUCGAAAAGUUAGUAGUAAAAUUAGCUUGACGAUACGAAUGCGUAGUUAUUUACAUAUCCGAUAGUUUAUUUUUUUUUAACCACUCUUUUACUGUUAUUGUAACGCAGAUCGUGUAUUUAGUUUAGGAGGGUACAAAAACUUGAGUACAAUUUUUGUAAUAAAUUUAUUAUGUAAAACGA